AUGGAACCAGAAAAUCAAGCGCAGCAGUAUGGUGAGGUGAACCAGCUGGGAGGUGUGUUCGUGAACGGGAGGCCUCUGCCGAACAGCACGCGUAUGCGCAUAGUAGAGCUGGCCCGGCUCGGUAUCCGACCCUGUGACAUCUCCCGACAACUACGCGUCAGUCACGGGUGUGUCUCGAAGAUCCUGGCGCGCUAUCAUGAGACAGGCUCGAUCCUGCCAGGUGCGAUCGGUGGUUCGAAACCACGCGUCACCACACCGAAGGUGGUCACGUACAUCCGCGAGCUGAAGCAGAAGGACCCGGGCAUCUUCGCGUGGGAGAUCCGUGAUCGUCUGCUGUCAGAUGGGGUGUGCGACAAGAACAACGUGCCGAGUGUCAGCUCGAUCUCGCGCAUCCUGCGCAAUAAGCUUGGGAACCUUUCGCACCACCACCAUCAUCACCAUCACCCGCAUCACCCUCAUGCCGGUGCGGGUGGAGUAGGGGGCGUUGGUGGUGGUGGGGGCGGUGGUGGUGGUGGUGGAGCACACACACCCCACGCACCCGCGCACCUGUACAACUCUAUCUACCCCUCGUACCCGUACACGGCCGGUUCGUUGAAGUCGGAGAUGUCCUGUGGGGGCAGCCCUUCACCCCCGACCGGGGCCACCCCCAUCCGCAGCCCACACGCCCACUGCCCCUGGCCCUCGUCACACUCGGUCACCGACAUCCUGGCGAACGUGCAUCAUCAGGCGGCGGUGGCGGCCCUUCGUAAUGGAGGCACCCCCACCUCCCAGUGUCACACGACACCUCCACCCCCACCACCGUCGGCUGCGGCUGGGCUCGUAGCAGGGCAGCUGAUGGGUGGAGGCGCUGGUGCGAUGAACGGGUCCGGGGGGUCAGCGACGGCGGCGGCGGCAGCUGCCGCAGCUGCAGCCGCCGCAGCCGCGGCUGCCGCCGGAAAUGCGGUUGCGAUGCAUCAACACCAUCACCAUCACCACCACCACCAGAUGCAGGAGUCCGUGUCACCGCAGUCACCCAACUCGUACAACUACUACAUGUACUUGCAGAGUGGUGGAAUGCACCACGGGGGGCUGGCAAGCGCCUCUGGGUUAUAG